AUGGCGUCCGUGUGGGUGGACCCUCCGAUUAUGUGCAGAGUGCAAGGUGCCGUUGCUCAUUUUGGAGCAAUGUGCACGGCUGUGUUUUGGCUGUGCUCGCUUUUCAACUUCUUUGCCGUGACGUAUUCGGCUACGGACAAUUCUUUUGUUUUUCGUCACUCUAAGCUCCUCUUCGUCGUAGAGUGUUUGUUGGCCGUUGCUGUGUCUGCAGCUGUAGUGACGGUUGUGCUGGUUGAAGGCGGGUACAACACACGAGGUAUCUACGUCGUCCUUUGUGUGCCUCCUACUGCUCGCUUGAUGUAUUUUACGUUGUCUCUGCCUUUCACUGUUAUCAUGACAAUUGGAUGCACUUUGGCAAUUUUAAUAGUUCGUCGUAUUCGCAAGUCUCAGAAUUUCAACUACAAUCUGGGUACCAAAUCUAGACUAAGCAGUCACCGUUCUCUCCAGACUCGUUUCCUCUUGGUUGCCAUCUGUAUUCCUCUCUGUUUCGGAGUAGGUAUGACCACCAUAUCUGUCUACACCAACCUCAGAAAGGAAAUCUAUUUAAGCUACGUCGAAUACGUUCUUUGCUUGCAAACCGCCACUCGUCAACCCUGUUCUAAAACAUUCGAGAAGUACCGCACAGUGACGGUCUGUACGAUCAACAUGGCCUUCUUAUGUCUCUACAGUUUCGUGCAGGGAGCGUACGUUCUCGUGCCCAAACCCGCGCGCAAGUUCUGGUCGAGCGUUUGGUCGAGGGUCGCUUGCAUCUGUCGUGCACGCAACGUGAAGAAAAAGAAAACGAAAGAGAAAGAUUGCACGCCGUUGCUGCUGAUCGACGAGUCGGACUCGUGAAACUGAAAUCGAAGAAACGGAUGCUGCGUGUCAUCGCGGGCUGGGCUUUGAUGCAAGCAAUUUGCAUGCAGUGUUGCAAGUACAGAUGUCUGUUUUCUUUGCCUGCUGUUUACUUGUUUUCUAGGCAAAAGUUUGCUGUAUGAUAGGCGCAAGCAUAUCAAAAAUUGUUGGA